AGAGACUAUGAGGGUUCACUAUCUGUUUGCUGGAAGAUAUACAAGACUUUUGAGGAUAAUACUUAAAUGAAGAUAGACCGGAUGUAUAAUAUGCUUUUUCUUAGCUUUCCUAUGACUCUACUUAGCAACUUUUGCUAAAAGAAACACAAUAUAUGAUUGACUACUUUGAAGACACAUAUAUUGGACACUUAAAAUCAACAAAAGCAGAGAGGUCCCAAACGUGGUAUCUUUUCACAAUUAUGUAUUUUAUCCGAAUUCUUGGAAUUACUCAUGGUGUCUUUCAAAAUCAAAGACCUGUGAACCCUGAAGCAGAUAUGAAUAUUAGCCAGAUUAUUUCCUACUGGGGCUACCCUGAUGAAGAAUAUGAUAUUGUAACCGAAGAUGGUUAUAUCCUUGGCCUUUAUAGAAUUCCUUAUGGGAGGACAGACAAUAAUAAAAAUCUAGUUCAGAGGGUUGUUGUAUACUUGCAACAUGGUUUGCUUACAUCUGCCAGCAGCUGGAUUUCCAAUCUUCCCAACAAUAGUCUGGGCUUCAUUCUGGCAGAUGCUGGUUAUGAUGUGUGGAUGGGAAAUAGCAGAGGAAAUACCUGGUCCAGGAAACACUUGUACCUAGAAACGAAUUCCAAAGAAUUCUGGGCUUUCAGUUUUGACGAGAUGGCAAAAUAUGACCUUCCAGCCUCUAUUGAUUUCAUUGUGAAGCAAACCAGACAAGAGGAAAUAUUUUAUGUAGGCCAUUCACAGGGUACUACUAUUGGUUUCAUAACAUUUUCUACUAUAUCAAAGAUAGCUGAAAGAAUCAAAAUAUUUUUUGCUUUAGCACCAGUUUUUUCCACAAAGUACUUAAAAAGUCCUUUAAUUAGAAUGACAUACAAAUGGAAGUCAAUAGUCAUGAGUCGUUUGGAUGUGUAUUUUUCACACAACCCAGCAGGAACAUCUGUUCAAAAUAUACUUCAUUGGAGUCAGCUUUUAAAUUCUACUCAUUUGAAAGCUUAUGACUGGGGCAGUCCUGAUCUGAACUUGGUUCAUUAUAAUCAGACAACGUCUCCAUUAUACAACAUGACAAACAUGAAUGUGGCAACUGCAAUUUGGAAUGGUGAAAGUGACUUGUUGGCUGACCCUGAAGACGUUAACAUUUUACAUUCUGAAAUCACAAACCACAUUUUUUAUAAAACUAUUUCUUACUACAAUCAUACAGACUUUUUGUUUGGAUUAGAUGUCUAUGAUCAAGUUUACCAUGAAAUCAUUGAUAUUAUCCAAGACAAUCUAUAAAGAACCAUGGCGCUGUAUGUUUAAAGAUCUACAUUAUUCCUAAUGAAAUCCAAUUCUUAUUUUUUUA